ACACUUAGGAUUUUAUUUUGAUAUAAUAAGAAGUAAACAAGCUUUCCCGACAUACUGAUGCUAACCGUACUCAUCUCGAACACACUAUCCUACGUGUGUAGUCCCAUUCUCUGGACAACACUACCAUUUUUCUAGGGAGCACUCAGUAGUACCCAUCAACUCUCAAUUUUCACGUUACAUAUGAAGAUCUGAAAAGGGUUACAAAGCUUUCAAUUUGAGUUCAACUGCUCAUACACUUUGGAUUUUGGCCUUUUUCUCUUUUUUCUCAGACAAGAAAAAAUGAUGGAGGUUGUGAUUGUUGCGGUUGCUGCAACACUUGGGAAUCUUCUGAUGGGUUGGGAUAGUUCAACCAUUGCAGCGGGUAUGACCUACAUCAAGGAGGAAUUCGACUUGGAUGCGACACUUGAAGGGCUAAUAGUGUCCAUGUCGUUUAUAACCGGUACUGUUGUGACAAUAUUCUCUGGAACAGUGUGUGAUUUGGUUGGAAGACGCCCUAUGCUGAUAACAUCUUCUGUCAUGUUUUUCCUUAGCGGUCUGAUAAUGUUGUGGACUCCUAAUGUUAUUGUUGUUCUGCUAGCGAGGAUAGUGGAUGGGGUUGCCAUUGCUCUUGCCGUUACUCUUACCCCUCUCUACAUAUCUGAGGUAGCACCGGCUGAUAUCAGAGGCCAAUUGAACACUCUUACUCAGUUUGCUUGUUCUGGUGGAAUGUUCUUGGCAUACAUCAUGGUGUUCUCAAUGUCCUUGGCGGAUUCACCCAGUUGGAGACUCAUGCUUGGAGUCAUUUCUAUUCCUGCUGUUGCUUACUUUUUGCUGGCUGUGUUUUACCUUCCUGAGUCUCCUAGGUGGCUUGUCAGCAAAGGCCGGCUACAUGAGGCUGAAAAGGUUCUGAAAAGGCUUCGCGGUGCUGAAGAUGUUUCAGGGGAAUUGGCGUUGCUGGCGGAGGGUCUCAGUCCUGGGGGUGAAGCCACUUCCAUAGAAGAGUAUAUGGUUGCCCCAGCUAAUGAGAUUCUUGUUAACCAGGAAGCAGCAAAAGAUUAUAUCAAGUUAUAUGGUCCUAAUGAGGGAGUUGCAAUGGUUGCUCAGCCAGUGAAUGGACAAGGUAGCUUUGCAUCGCGUAGUAUGUUGUCUCAGCAAGGAAGCUUUGGAACUCUGACUGGUGGUGGUCUUAAGGAUCCUAUUGUGAAUCUCUUUGGAAGUUUGCAUGAGAAUACUCUCCCUGAGAGUGGAGGUUCACGCAGUAUGCUAAUUCAUAAUGCCAACAGUAUCUUUGAUACCAGUGACAACUUGCAUGAGUCCAGUCCCUUUGGUACCAGUGACAACUUGCAUGCUCCACUGAUGUCAUUCCAAGGGGGUGCUGGGGAGAAGGACAGGGCUUAUGGAUCUAAGGACAUGUUAGGCAUGAGGAGCACUAGCAGCCUGAGAAGUAAUAGUAGUUUCUUUCAUGGGACUGCUGUUGAAACACCCAAAAAUACAAACAUUGGUGGAGGUUGGCAGUUGGUGUAUAAAUCAGCUGAUGGUGCUGUGGGUGGGAAAAGAGAAGGACUCCAAAGGGUUUAUUUGCACGCAGAUCCUGCUGCUGUGUCUCACUCUCAACAUGUUUCAUUUGUUUCAACUUCCGGCUAUGACAUACCGAUAGAUGGUGGCGAAGCUUUCCAAGCAGCUGCUCUUGUCAGCCAAUCAGUUAUAGGUACUCAUGAUUUGUUGCAUUUGCCAGAAGUUGCAGCAAAGGGCCCAAAAUGGAGAGGUCUGCUAGAACCAGGAGUCAAGCGUGCAUUAAUUGUUGGAAUAGGACUUCAAAUUCUUCAACAGGCUGCUGGCAUAAAUGGGUUUCUCUACUAUGCUCCCCAGAUUCUUGAGCAGGCAGGAGUAGGGGCUCUUUUAUCAAACUUGGGCCUUAGUUCAGCCUCUUCUUCUUUUCUUGUAAAUAUUGUUACAACCUUCUGCAUGCUUCCUUGUAUAGGUCUUGCCAUAAGACUCAUGGAUAUUUCUGGCAGGAGGUCAAUCAUGCUGUACACAAUACCCAUUUUGAUAGUUUGUCUCCUGGUACUAGUUAUCAAGCAGUUCUUUGAGAUCGAUUCUGUCCUCGAUGCAGCGAUCAGUGCUGUUAGUGUUGUGGUUUAUGAAAGUGUGUUCUGCAUGGGGUUGGGCGUUAUUCCGAACAUCAUAUGUGCUGAAAUCUUCCCAACAAAUGUUCGCGGAAUCUGCAUUUCUUUGACUUCUCUUACAUAUUGGGGUUGCACCUUGAUUGUCACUUUGAUCUUCCCCUACUUGCUCCAGCUUCUUGGUCUCGCCGGUGUCUUUAUAUUAUUUGUUGUUGGCUGCAUCAUUUCAUGGAUCUUUGUCUACUUGAAAGUUCCUGAAACAAAAGGCAUGCCUUUAGAAGUUAUUAUUGAGUUUUUUGCUAUUGGUGCAAAGCCUGGCACUGAUCCUUCCACACUGGGAAUCAAAGUUUGAUGCCUCGGUGAAUGGUGAUAUCAUCAUCACCAUAAGAAGUAGCAGCAUAGAUCAUCAAUAAGCAUAUAAGUUCAGUUGGUUUGAUUCCUCCUAAAUUGAGUUGAGAAGAUUUGGUUGAAGAUUGAAACUAUUUGGCUCUAGCGACUUCCCUUUUGGUGCUUUUGGGAGAAAAUGAGUAUAAUAGUCAUUUAUUUAUAAUAUUAUGAUUCAUAUUUAGAGUAUUCCUUGUAUUCUUUUAUCUUUUCAUUCCUUAGCAUUUGCUAUUUGGUUUUUCGCCUUGCUUUGCAUAGGGGGAUGAUGUGCUCUAGUGAAUUUUGAGGUAUGAAAAGGUUAUCACUACGCUGGUUGUGUUCUUCUAUAAUGAUGUCUAGCUAGUAAUAUUAAAGUAUCUGUGUUCAUCUAAACUUAUGAUUUUAUAUAGGUGACAACUUUAAUGUUAUGCAA